AUGAAAUCGCAAUACAUUAAGAUAAACUGCAGAAAGGAAGGCUCUCACGCCCUUACUCAUCUCAAGCAAUCGAUUUCCGAUUUCAAUUUUCAUCGAGACAAAGAAACAGCAUUGAGCUUGGUAAGUGCUUCUAUGAUCGAUCCGAUUAAUUUUCCAACUGUGACGCUUUCAACAGCAGCAUUUAAUGAAGUUAAAAACAAGAACUUGCUUCUGAGAUGCAAUGUUGCAAUAAGCCGGUUAGAAAACUUAACAUUUAAGUAA